AUGGCGUUCAUUACGGCUUGUCUCCAUGUUGUUUCCCCUGCUGGGCUGUUUCUUUCGGCUCCGUACAGUGAGAGUCUUUUUUCGCUAUUGUCGUUUACAGGGAGCUUUCUAUACCUCUGGUCAGGUAGGGAGCUUGAAGCUGGGAAUAUUUUCCAAAGCAACACUGCUGCCCUAGCAAGUGCUAUCAUAUUUGGCCUUUCGUGCAUGGUCCGUAGCAACGGGCUUCUCAACGGGAUAUUUUUCCUGCAUGAUUUCAUCCUCCAAAUAUAUGGUGUGAUCACCGGAGCAAAUGGAAAAUCAAAUACGCUAUUUUCGAGAUUAUUCCGAAUUGGUAUCUUGGGAGCCGGUGGCUUGAUUAUUGCCCUGGGACUUGUAUUGCCUCAAGCGAUUGCUUGGAAAGACUACUGCACAGCGGGGAGUAAUAGACCGUGGUGCUCAAACACCUUCCCUAGUAUUUAUUUCUAUGUUCAGGAUUACUACUGGGAUGUUGGAAUGUUUCGUUACUGGACACUCCCGAAUGUUCCACUAUUCCUGCUAGCGGCCCCGAUGCUAACACUUAUGAUUGUAUCUGGUGUAUGGGGUAUCGGUAUCAAAAAUACAGCCGGUACACAGUCUAUCGAUUUUGACAAAACUCUUCUUCGCAAAUUAGCAUUUCCGCAAUUGCUACUGGCCGUGAUGGCUAUUGUAACAUAUCAUGUUCAGAUCAUAACAAGGAUCAGUAGCGGUUACAUGGUUUGGUACUGGUGGGUUGCGUACCAGAUGUCUGCCGGAAGAGCGGCGGAAGAGGUUAAGGGAAAGGAUUGGACAAAGUUUGUCGUGAGGUACAUGGUGCUUUAUGGGAUUAUCCAGAGUGUUUUAUUUGCAGGAUUCUUACCCCCGGCGUGA